AUGGCUACCCCUAGUGUCCUCGCGUUUGACGCUGAGGGUCGCGCCAUUGAUUUUGAGGUCUGGUUAGACGACCUGCAGCUGUUCUUACAGUGCGACAGGGCUGACAGUCUUUCUCUCUUUGACCUCACCUCUGGCGCCUCUCCUGCUCCUGCUGCUGAUGCUGAUCCCACUGUCCGCUCUCAGUGGGCCACCCGCGAUGCUGCUGCACGUCUUGCUGUGCGUCGCCACCUCCCUACCUCUAAGCGUGCGCACUUUAGCCAGUACAAGAGUGCUCAGACCUUGUACGACGCUGUAGUUGCGCGCUACUCCUCCCCUGCCACUGCUGCACUGAGCCGUCUCAUGCUUCCCUACCUCUUUCCUGACCUCUCUGCCUUUCCCACUGUUGCUGACCUCAUUACGCACCUCCGCACUAGUGACACUCGCUACCGCGCCGCCCUUCCUGCUGAGUUCUGUGCUAAGAACCCACCCCCCAUGUACAUCGCUCUCUACUACGUAGUCGCGCGCCUCCCUGACUCCCUUCGCGUCGUCAGGGACCACUUUCUCGCAGUUUGUCCCACCACCCUCACCGUCGACCUCCUCGAGAAGGCCCUACUCGCAGCGGAGAAGAGCAUAGUCGCUGUAGGUGCUUCUCGUGGUGACCCUCGCACCUCCAUCUUUAAGGGGUGCUCUCCUUCCCCCUUGCUGCCCUCUGUUGCCUCUGCUGCUGCUGCCGACCUGCUUGGUCUUGAGUCGGUCGGCGCGGCGUCUGCCCCUAGUGGGAGAUGUCGCUCCAGCAAGGGCAAGGGGGGCAAGGGCGCGGGUGGAGCUGGAGGGGGCGGUGGCGGUGGCGGCGGUGGCGGCGGAGGGAGUGGGGGUGGCGGCGGGACUAGUGGCGGGGGUGGUGGUGGUGGUGGCAGCAGCAGCGGAGACGGUGGUGGUGGUGCCAGCGGUGGUGGUGGAGGCAGCGGCGGAGGUGGAGGCGGCGGAGGUGGAGGCGGUGGAGGCGGCAGCGGAGGAGGCAGUGGUGGUGGAGGAGGUGGAGCUGGUUGGGGUGGUACCCAGCAGCGUAGCGGCGGUGGUGGUGGCCAGCGCUCGCAGCGGCAGCAGCAGCAGCGCUCGCGGGACAUCCCUCCGCCUCAGCAGCUUCGUGAGUGGUACGCUGGGCGUCAGAGGGGUGGGGGUACUGGUCCCUGCACCUACGUUCUUCGUUCCGGCGACCGCGCGGGUGAGCAGUGUGGGGGUGCCCACGCCACCCAGCGCUGCUUUGGCCGCCUGACGGACGCUUGGCGUCAGCAGUUCCCUGGGGCUAGUGAGAUCCCUCGCUGGGAUGAGCUUCUUAGGGCUGGUGUAGCGAUCUUUGAUCCUGAUUUUGAUGCUAUCCUUGCUGCUAUGUAUGCUGUGACUUAUAGUGAGGAGAAUGAGUGUUUCCAGCCCGCCCCGGGCAUUGGUACUGCUGCGCUAGGUGCUUGUGAGGCUGCUGCUCUAGGUGCCAGUGCGUCUGCGCUCUCAGGUACUGGUGAGACUGCGCUCUCAGGUACUGCGUCGUCCUCGUCCUCCCUCACUUUCACACUUGACUCCGGGGCUUCUCGCUCCUUCUUUCGAGACCGCACUACCCUUACGCCGCUCGGCCGGCCGGUUGCAGUCUCCCUUGCUGACCCCUCUGGGGGUCCUGUCCUGUCUCACUUCUCCACUGUCCUCCCGUGUCCGGCUGCCCCUUCGGGCACCCUGUCUGGUCUGUACCUUCCCUCGUUCUCUACGAACUUGGUGAGUGGCGCGGACCUGCAGGAUGUGGGUGUUCACCAGUUCACUCCUGCGAGUCAGCGGGUGACCCACUGCACGGAGGCACGCACAGGCCGACACCUGGCCACGUUCUCGCGUCGGCCGGGGUCGAGUCUCUACACCCUGACCGUUAAGUCUCCUCCUGUCCCUGCGUCUGGUCAGGUGGCUGCGUCAGGUCAGGUGCUUGCUGCUGCGUCCCGGUCAGGUCCUGAGUCUGCCCCCUGUUCUUGUCGCCUCCUGUCUCACGAGACUCUCCUGUGGCAUCACCGUCUUCGCCACCCCUCCUUGCCCCGUCUUCGGAGCAUGGCUUCCCGUGUCCUUGUCUCUGGUCUUCCCCAGUCUCUCCCUCCUCUCCCCUCCGGGCCAGGACCUUCCUGUGUCCCCUGUGUCGAGGGUCGCCUCCAGGCUACUCCUCACUCCUCCCACUUCCCCCUGACAGAGGCUCCCCUGCAGACGCUUCACAUGGAUGUGUGGGGCCCAGCCCCCGUCCGUGGGCAGGGUCACGAGCGCUACUUCCUGUUGGUGGUUGACGACUACUCGCGUUACACCACAGUCCUCCCCCUGCGCAGCAAGGGUGCGGUCACUGAGGUGCUGAUCGACAGGAUCCGCGAGGCUCGUCUCCAGCUCAGGAAGAACUUCGGCUCGGCCUUUCCUGUUCUGCGUCUGCACUCGGACAGAGGCGGAGAGUUCUCUUCUCGCCUUCUGCGAGACUACUGUCGUGCAUGGGGGAUCCGCCAGACCUUCACGCUUCCGGACUCACCACAGCAAAAUGGGAUUGCUGAGCGCCGCAUUGGCAUGGUCAUGGAUGUCGCUCGUACGUCCAUGAUGCAUGCGGCUGCCCCCCAUUUUCUGUGGCCGUUUGCGGUGAGGUACGCGGCGCAUCAGCUCAACCUUCACCCCCGGGUCUCUCGGCCUGCGAUGUCCCCAGCCUUGCUGUGGACGGGGAAGGUUGGCGAUGCGUCUGUGUUCCGUGUCUGGGGAUCUCGGGCGUUUGUCCGCGACUUGUCUGCGGACAAGCUGUCCCCUCGUGCUGCUCCCUGUGUCUUCCUUGGCUUCCCCACUGACGCCCCAGGGUGGCGGUUCUACCACCCCUCCUCUCGUCGUGUUCUGUCCUCCCAGGACGUCACGUUCGACGAGUCAGUCCCCUUCUACCGUCUCUUCCCCUACCGCACUCCUUCCCUCCCCCCUCCCCCGGACUUCCUUGUGCCGGUUCCCCCCCCGGUAGACCCCCUCCCCCCUCAGGUUCCUGCCCCCUCAGGUGUGUCCCAGGUAGACGCCGUUGACCCGGUCGAGGUUACUGGUGACUCUGGUGCUGCUGCGGGUGCUGAGCCUGGGGGUGCUGACUCUGGGGGUGCUGUGCGCGGGGGUGCUAAGCCUGGGGGUGCUACUGCUGGGGGUGCUGGGCCUGAGGGUGCUACUGCGGAGGGUGCGGAGCCUGGGGGUGCUAAGCCGGGGGGUGCUGUGCAUGGAGGUGCUGGGUCUGGGGGUGCUAGGUCGGGAGGUGCUGAGCUGGGGGCUGCUGAGCCUGGGGGUGCUGCGUCUGGAGCUGCUGAGCCUGGGGUUUCUCCUGCUGCUGUGUCUCGCCGGGAGCCCCUCUCUCCACAUGAGCUGCGCGAGUGGUUCGCUCGCCGCUGGAGGCGUGCUGCUGAGUCUGGAGGUGCUGCUGGAGCUGGAGCUUCUUCGACCGUCGAGGGUGCGGGUGCUGCCGGUCCCGGAGCUGCUGGACCUGCGGGUCCUCCUGGAGCUGGAGCUGCUGAGGGCGUUGGUGCUGAGCCUACUGCUGUUGGUCCUGCCGCUGGAAGUGUGGGUGGCGCUGGUGCUGUCGGUGAGGGUGCUGGUGCUGUCCCUGCUGAGUCUGGAGCUGCCGCGCGGCCUCGGCCGUACUUCGUCCCGCUCCUGCAGCAGGUUCUUGGUCUUUCUCCUCCAGUAGAGGGUCCACCGCCUGUCCAGUCGCAGUCCCUGCUGGAGCCUUCCUCUCCACUGCCUGCUCCCUCUCCUUACACUGGUCCUACUGGAGGUCUUGCUGAGCGUCGUGAGCCUGCGUCUCGUCCCGCGUCGCCUGUUCGUACUGCUCGCGCUAGUGGUCGCAGUUCGCGUCAGCGUCCUCCUCCUGUCCCUAGCACGCACCGGAUGUCUUUGCGUCCGUCCACUGCUCCUCUGCGUGCCCCUUUGCCUUCUCCUCCUGAGUCCUCUCUUCCUGCGCUUGCCGACCCUGAGUCGGGCUCUCUUCGUGCUGCCAGUCCUACUCUCGUCGACUUUGCUGCUCGCUGUCGUCUCGACUACGCUGCUAGUCUUGUUGCUGAGUCUGCGUCUAUCUAUCCUCCGUCCGUCGGGGGUGAGUGUGCUCUUGGCACGGACGUCCUAGAGGACAGGCAGGAGGAGUUACAGUGUCUAGCGGCUGCUUCACCUCAUCUCGCGUCUGUACUGCUUGCCCCUGAGGGAGACCCGGAUGCACUAGACAUCCCGACUCCGCGUUCUUACGCGGAGGCCGUAGAGGGUCCCUACUCCUCUCAGUGGCAGGCAGCUAUGGAUGCAGAGAUGGCUUCUUGGAAGUCCACAGGCACCUACGUUGACGCGGUUCCCCCUCCUGGGGCGAACAUCGUCAGUGGCAUGUGGAUCUUCAGGGUGAAGCGGCCGCCGGGUUCUCCACCUGUCUUCAAGGCACGGUACGUUGCUCGUGGCUUCAGUCAGUGGCAGGGAGUUGACUACUUUCAGACCUUCUCUCCCACCCCGAAGAUGACUACUCUUCGGGUGCUGCUGCACAUAGCCGCUCAGCGCGACUACGAGCUUCACUCUCUCGACUUCAGCACUGUGUUCUUGCAGGGUAGCCUGCACGAGGAGAUCUGGCUUCGCCGUCCACCUGGCUUCACUGGGACUUUCCCUCCUGGCACCCAGUGGAGCCUCCGACGGCCAGUCUACGGUCUCCGCCAGGCACCGCGUGAGUGGCACGACACACUGAGGACUACGCUUGCGGCUCUUGGGUUUGCUCCUUCUACUGCUGACCCGUCGCUGUUUCUUCGCACCGACACUUCCUUGCCGCCGUUCUACAUCCUCGUGUACGUCGACGACUUGGUCUUUGCCACAGCGGACACUGCUGGACUCGCCUACGUGAAGUCUGAGCUGCAGAAGAGACACACGUGCACAGACCUGGGUGAACUGCGCAGCUACCUUGGCUUGCAGAUCACUCGGGACAGAGCACGCCGCACCAUUACCUUGACUCAGUCACACAUGGUGCAGCAGGUCCUUCAGCGCUUCGGCUUCACGUACUCCUCGCCUCAGGCCACUCCUCUGCCUACUCGCCACUCACUCUCAGCUCUGCCUUCGGAUGAGUCCGUAGAGUCGAGUAGUCCGUAUGCAGAGCUUGUUGGCUGCCUCAUGUACCUGAUGACCUGCACACGACCUGACCUUGCAUACCCUCUUAGCAUUCUUGCACGCUAUGUUGCUCCUGGGAGACACAGACCAGAGCACAUGGCUGCAGCGAAGAGGGUAUUGCGCUACCUGUGCAGUACGUCGGGCAUGGGGCUAGUGCUUGGAGGGCGGAGUCCAGUGGUCCUUACCGGCCACGCGGACGCUUCUUGGGCUGACGACCAGGCUACGCAGCGGUCGUCACAGGGUUACACCUUCAGCCUUGGUUCCGGCUCUGUCUCGUGGCGGUCUACUCGCUCGUCUUUGGUUCUCGGCUCCAGUUGUGAGGCCGAGAUCUACGCCGGGGCCAUGGCUGCACAGGAGCUUCGCUGGCUCACCUACCUGCUGACUGACCUUGGAGAGCCGCCUCGUUCUCCUCCAGUGCUGUACGUAGACAACAAGGCCAUGCUGGCCUUGUGUCGAGAGCAGCGCUUGGAGUAG